AAGAAAUAAUCAAAAGCUCUGUAUCUAAGGGAAUGAAAAAUCAAAAAGUCAGUUGGUUUGCCGGUGAAAUGUCCAGAGACAAGGCAAAUGAAAUCCUACAGAGCCAGAGUGAUAAUACCUAUCUCGUAAGAAUGAGUGAAAGCAAAGCAGAAAGUGGUUCAUUUGUUGUGUCAGUGAAAAAUGAAAAAGGUUGUCAUCACUUUGAAAUUGAAGGCGAUCCUUUGAAAUCAGCUAAUAGUCCAACCCUUGAUUGUCACCUUCGUUUCAUGGGAAGUAGUUAUAAGACACUCCCUGUAGCGAUUGGGGACUUAAAAUAUAAUUCUCUAUAUGAUGAAGAGAACGAUGAGGAAAUUAUGUGUACACGAAUAUGUCCCAACCUCCCAUUUAACAAGUUCAUCACUUCAUAUAAGUAAAAAAAGAAGAAAAGAUGGACUCUCCUUUAUAUCACAGACCUUUUGUCAAUUUCAUCUAGUAAGUGAGUGAAUUCAUUGUAUGUUUCAAAUCCGU